GUAGGUGAAGACAAACUUGAGCCGAGCAGCUGAGCGAUCAGCUGGCGAGGAGCCGCCAUCUUCGAUAAAUGAGAGGCGAUCGCAGCCGACGCUACAUCCACAGCCCUCGGAGGAAGCCUUGAACCCCUCUCUUUUACCCCCCGUGAAAUGUCAGCCAUGAACCCCGAGUAUGACUACUUGUUCAAACUGCUUCUGAUUGGUGACUCUGGAGUUGGGAAAUCUUGUCUACUGCUCCGGUUUGCUGAUGACACAUACACAGAAAGCUACAUCAGUACCAUUGGUGUUGACUUCAAAAUCCGAACCAUAGAAUUAGAGGGAAAAACUAUUAAACUACAAAUUUGGGACACAGCAGGACAGGAGCGAUUCAGAACCAUCACUUCCAGUUACUACAGAGGAGCACAUGGUAUUAUUAUAGUGUAUGAUGUUACAGAUCAGGAUUCCUUCAAUAAUGUUAAACAGUGGCUGGAAGAAAUAGCUCGCUAUGCUAGUGAAAAUGUGAACAAAUUACUAGUGGGUAAUAAAUGUGACUUGACCAGUAAGAAGGUGGUGGAUUAUACCACAGCUAAGGAGUAUGCUGACUCACUUCAAAUUCCAUUUUUGGAAACCAGUGCAAAAAAUGCCACCAAUGUUGAACAGGCAUUUGUGACGAUGGCCGCUGAGAUCAAGAAUCGGAUGGGCACUGGUCCUACACACAAUGAUGAGAAAUCCAAUAUCCGAAUCCAGAGCACUCCCUUGAAGCAAGGCAGUGGAGGAGGUGGCUGCUGCUAAGGGCAGGGAAGCAGAGACAGAUCCAUUCCUGUUGCACCGUAUAUUACAAACAACAGCAUUCGUCUCCUGAGCAGUAAUGGUUUUAACGUAAUUGCCCAUUGAUUUGUGCCCAUUCUUGGCAGAUCCUUUCCGCCCAAAUGGACAUUAGACCAAUCGGAAACUCCAGGAAAAUUUUGUCUUACUUGUCUUGAAAGUUCUUGUCUGUUUUGAAACACUUGGAUUGUAAGAUUUUGUAGCAUUGUUUCUUUCUCCCUUUCCACAAGGUUUUUGUUGCACUGGGGUCGAGACUAACUAGACAUCUGACAGCCAGAUUUGAGGUUUCGUCAUACUCCACCUUUUAGUGCAAAGUUGAGGAAUGGAGUGAAGGAAAGUAAAAUAAACAAAUUUUUUACCUGGGAAUAAGCCCUUUGCAUGUCAAUAUAAUUGCAAUGGGAACUAUAAAAGAUGGCAGAUGUGCAGGAUUGACUCAUUUGCAGCAAAGUGACUUCCAUAUUGAAUCGCUAUCUUCCAGUACUUUAAAUCGUUUUCAGUAGUUUCUGUCUCUAUUUUAACUGUUGAAUCUACUUCUGGAAGCAUUACAUCACCUUUCUAUCACUGCUCACAUUAAGGCAAGCCAGGCAGACUGGCUGUGAUCAAAUGUAAGGUUGGUUCUUUUACUAAUUAACUUCUAUUUGUUCACGUCAGCAUGGAUAUUCAGUGUAUUGAUGUUUAGCCUGCCCACUUACAUUGCUAAUUUGAUCAUUUAACAUGUGACAUUACUCCUAUCCCACAAUGUGAAAUAAUUCACUUGCACAUUGAAUGUCCAAGUUGUGUUUAAGCUAACCAGAAUGGUGUAAUGCUGACUGGACCAAGUACAAUUAGCCAGUUUGGGGUGGGGGGGGGGGGGGGAAUACAUAAUGCACAACAGGAAAAUGGUUAUGUAGCUUGCCCAGAUUGGUUUCAUGUUCACAGUGGUGGUGGGGGGGGGAAACGGAACAUAGGAGGAGAAAAUGGGAGGGGAUAGUCAACUUUGUGAAGAUGAGAGUGAUUUGAAAGGCUGUGGGGGAAGCUUUGACCUUAGGCUGUUCAAUCUAAAAGGCCCUAGAUUUUUAUCUUUGGGCCUUGAUCCAAGUGGCCAGACUUGCUGCACCUGUCCUCCAGCUUCCAUUUGUGCUAGUGAUCUGGAUUGGCAUUAACAGUUCUAAUUGGAUUUGGUCCAUCAUGGUGGUCUGUUGUAAAAUAUUGACAAAGGCUGACUUUUGUCAGUGCUGGAACAAUCCAACUGACUUCUGAUCGCUGCUUUCUGCUGGAGCCCCUACAUCUGGCACCACAUUUCUAGUCCAGAGAUAAAUAGAGGCAAAGCUAGUUUGCCACCGAGAUAUUGUGAUUUCUUUAUGGUGCAGCAUGUUCUGGUACAAAUUGUCUCAAUGCAAAACAACAGUUCACCUGUACCACAGAUGUGUUCUUGAGCAUAACAUCCCUCCAGAUCUACAUAUUCAAUUUCAAUGGGUAUGACUGUUAAGCAGUCUUUCCUAUGACAUUGCCUCUGGUUUUUAAAUAAGCAAAACUGAACCAAAUAUUUAGUUAUAAGCAUUAGCACAUCUUGAAGUGGAUGUCUGGUAUGUUGAGCUGUAAUCUUUGUUCAAGCCUGUACUUUACUCAUGAUUCUGGAAUAUCUUUAGUUGAAAUUCAUGCACAGCAAUGCCACUUUGUUCUGUAGUUUGCAAAUAGGGCUUUAAAUUGCUUGUGUAACAAACCACAGAGCAGUGUUUGGCCCGUAAGUCGUUAAGUCUGCUAUUUAUAAUUUUUGGUUAAAGGCUAAACAUUUAUUUUCCAGAUCCUGAUGUGCCUUCUGAAUUGCUGUUCUGGAUUUGCAUUACUCAUCAUGUUUCAAUUAAAUUUCAUCCUCCAAUUCACAUUUCAGAUUGUGGCAACAAGCUGCCAUUUGAGUUGGUGCAUGUAUGCUGGCUGAGGUCUGAUGUUUUACUUUGCAUGGGAUCUAUUUUCUUUUGAUAUUUGAUACCUUCCAGCUGUACCUGAACUUCCUCACUAUUCUAGUAGCACUGGACUGCAUUUCUCUCUGGUUUGCAAAUGCACCCAUUGAAUGUAAUUAUACCCAGGAUUUCUGGGGCCUUUUUGGUCUGUGACUGUUCCGAGGGGACAAUUAGUGUAUGUACUAAGACUGAGUCUUGUGCAUAUAUUAACAUGCAAAACUGGGCUUGGCCAUAGCCCUGACAACUUUGUUUAAUUUCACUAUUGCACUCCAUUAUGAUCUAUGGCCAUCUCGAAACUUUGAAACAAUUUCACACAUGCAACUGGUCUUGAUUGACUAUUUAUGAAUAAGUUUAUUAGCAUUUUAAAGUUUUUAACUACAGUUCCAGGUUGUGAUUUUUUUUUUAAACUGUGGUUUGUCACGGCCCCUCAUAUUUCAGUAAGCCUAAGGCCAGGUGUAUGUUUAACUUGGUGGUGUUAAACUCCAUUUGUGUAUGUAUCUAAAUGGACCACACUUAAAUGCUGUUUUGAUCACAUGGCAAAACUUGUUAGCUGAAACAAAUGGUUCCUGUGUCUUGUUUGCUUUUUGACCCUUGCUUUCCUUCUGUUUUAAAAAAAAAAUAAUAUAUACUCACUGCAUUUGGCAUUAAAUGGAUCACAAAGAUAAUACAGUAGGCAAUGUUUUAUUGAGCAGAUAAUGUGAUUGGUUGAUUGACACCAAUUUCCUGCCAUUCUGCACUAGAAUACCACUAUUUGUUCUGUGUAUUCCAGUCUCGUGUGGACUCCAGUGUUGGGAAUGAUACCAUAAACUAUUCAGUUCUUGGCUGACUGAUGCUAGAAGUCCUAGUAUUAAACUCUGUCCAAUCUCCUUCAUCCAGCAUGUACAAGCAUCUAAGCCCUCGUAAUGUGCCUGUUUCCCCUCUCAACUGCAAAGGUUUCUAAGGAGCAGUAAUCUUAUCUGGAGCUUUCUGUUUUAAUUCCUUGCUUUGAAGCCCAUCAAUAUUGAUAUCUAAAGUACCUUGAGCAUUGUUAUCUAAGUGAAUGCUGAACAUUUGGGGAAAGGAAUGUCAUUUAUGGACUCAUCAAGUUGCUUUGACCAGGUGUAGCUUUAAAAUUAAACAUCCCAGAGAUGUGCACUGAAUUAAAUGUCAAAUGCUGCAGCUAAGAUUUAAAGGUGGAUCUAAUGUCAUGGCUCUUGUACCAGCCAUGGCUGGGAGAUAGUUGAAUUGUUGUAGCCAUGUAUCAACCACCAAGUUACCAAAUUGUACUUCCUGGUUAGAAUUCUAAUGGUUGACUAAUGAUGGGCUUCAUUGGUUUUGGUAUUGCACACCAGGUUAAUAGUUUGCCACUGGGCUUUACCAGAAUCUGAUGUUCCUUGCAUCCUACUGCAAGUUAAAAUUCUUAAAUUAGAUGUACAUUGGACCAUGUACCUGUGGACUUCUUUCUCCACUUUAAGUUAAUCUGUGUUGUCUGUGGCUAUCCUUUGCAUAAUCUGUGAAAAUGACUUGUCCUCAAACUUUGAUGAUGGAGACCACCUUUCUUGGAUUUCUUGUUGAUGCGGCUGUCUGUGGAGAUUGAAAUAAAAGUCUACUUCUC